AUGGCUAACAUUUCGAAUUCUGAUGAUCACGUCAAUAAGAUAAACACACAAAGUGAGCAAAAUAAUCAUAGAGUGUGUAAUUCUCAGAUAUUUCAAACCCCUGGUAAUGGAAGUUAUAUCAUGCCUCCAGUUUAUCCUGUGUCGCAAUAUAUGAUGAACCCUGGAUCGCCAGUUAUGAACCCCACACAAAAUAUUGCUGGUCCAUCAAAUAAUGAUGUAUUACAGUCCUUAGGAAAUGUGAUGUCUAAAUUGCAAGCUAUAGAGUCUAAGUUAGGAAAGUUAGAUUCUAUUCAGCUUUCUGUUGAAGAACUGACGACCAGAUUAAAUUCCAUGUACUUAAAGAUCAAUGAAAUAGACUCAAGUCAAAAGUUUAUCAGUUGUCAAUAUGAUGAUAUUUUGAAGUCAACAGUCUCAAAUAAGUCAGUAAUCGACACUUUACAGUCAGAGGUUCGAGCUUUAAGCAUGGAAAAUGCAUCAUUACGGACUGAAAGGGAGGUAAUAAAAGGGGAUGUUCUGGACCUAAAAUGCCGUUCAAUGCGCGAUAAUAUGAUGUUUUACGGGAUUUCAGAAGGUUCGUCUCUGGGUAUCCAGUCCCAACCUACACAAAACGGCAACGCAAGCACUUCCGGCGAAGGUCAACACCACUCAGAUGAUAUUCGGUCUAUUAGUGAAACUUUGCAUGAUGUUCACGGAGUUUUAUAUUCCCAUACAGUAGCAACAAAUCCUCAAAAUAUGAAUAUGCAACACAAGCCUAGCUUGAAUCCAAAUGCAGAUAGCUUCCAGCAACAGAAAAAUACAAAUUCUGUUGAUAAUAAUAUCAAGGGUGAAAUUAGAAAUUGUUACCUGCACACUGACAGUAAUAGAAAUAUGACUUCAAAUUACCUUCAACAAGCUAGAGAGACAUUAUAUUUACAGCCCCAACCAUAUCUGACCAAACCAUCUGAACCAUCUGAACAAUCCCAGCCAGAAUCCAGCCAAAUGCCAAACCAUAUGUACCAAAUAAGACCAAUGCAAACAUAUGUAACUGGUUAUAUGAGUAUGAAUAAUAGCACAGAAACACUGGACACAAGUGUUACUAAUCCGGAUGAAAACCAUAUACAUAUAAAUCAAAACAAUAUAUCACAUAAUACACAGAUGGAGGAUGCACCACACUGGGUCAAAAUAAUGAUGACUGAAAUGGACAACCAAUUUAAAAUGAUACACUCACAAUUUGAAAUUCAAAACAAGAACUGGAAAACAAUUGAAGAAUCUAUGGAAAAGCAAAACAGUAGAAUAACAAAUAUUGAACAUAGAAUACAAAAGUUUGAAACAAUAGAAACAAGUGUAAAAUCAAUGACAACACAAAUUGACUCCAUGAACAUAGAAUUAAAUAAAAAUAAGAUGAAACUGAAUGAUGUAGAAGAAGCAAUUCAAUAUACUGAUGAUAUUUGCCAAACAAUAAACUCUAGCAGUGAUUCAAAACAAGAACAAAUAGAUACUCUUUCUGAAAACUUAAAAAAAAUGAAAAUAGAAACAAUGACUAUAAAAAGACAACAGGAGGAAGACCAUGAAAAGAUAUUAGAUAUCCAGACAAGAAGCAUGCAAAAUAACUUAUUAUUCAUGGGUAUUGAAGAACCAAUUCUAGAAAGUGGUCAAGUAGAAGAAACAGAAGAAACACUCACUGCCUUUCUUGAUGAACAUAUGAAUUUCAGAAAAACUUUUGAAUAUCAAGCUGUCCAUAGAAUAGGGGAAAAAACAAAUAACCCAGAAAGGCCAAGGCCAAUAGUUGCAAAUUUUGUUAAUAGAAAAGAUAGAAAUAGAGUUAAAUAUUCAGGAAACUUGUUAAAAGAUACAAGAUUUAGUGUGGUUGAACAAUUCCCAAGAGAAAUUGAGGAGAGGAGAAAGAGACUAUAUCCGGUGAUGAGAAAAGCAAAAGAAAAUAAGCAAAAUAAAACCAAAAAAUAUGACAGACAUUAUCAAACAACACCUAGACAAAAUAUUAAAACUUCAAACAGGUUUGGAGCACUGUCAUUUGUGAAUGAAAAUGAAUGGCCACCAAUAAACAUAAACAGGGAAAAGAAGAAAGCUACAUCACAAUUAGAUAUGGAAGUUACCUUUAAAAAGAGUAGAGAAAAUAUAAAGCAUGGAAAUCUAAACUCAGAUAGUUCAGAUAGUGAAAACAGUGUGAUUGAAAUGCAUGCAACAAAUGUAAAAACAAAAAAUGCUAAAAGUGUGUUCCAAAUAGAUCAACAAUAUGCACAUACAACAACAGAUACACAAUCAGGUAACAUAAGUCAUAGCAACAAAAAAGGAAUAUCUACACAAGCAUCAACAGUGAACAAAAGAAUUGAAGAAUCAGAAUCAACAAGAGUACAACAGAAAGAGAAUACUUCAAACAAUCACAAUGAUACAGAUAACAUAAACAUAAACCUCUAG